AUGGCGGAAGCGGAUGCAUCCGCCACACACCCGGACCAUGGGCAAGCUAAUCCACCCGCCAUAUCGACCUCAGACGGCGGAAAACUGAUCGAUCCUAUCGACAAAUACACGGCUCUUGCCGUUCGGGUAAGUAUCUGCAUUGUUUCAAUAAUCAGCCAACGCGUUUCUCUUCAGGGAACGAUCGUCGGAGUCGGUCUCGCUGGAGUUAUUAUUUACUUGAGAAACUCGAGAUUGGUAAAAAAAAAUUUGUAGACUUAUUCAUAAAAUCAACGAAUUUUUACAGUUCCACAAAUUCCAACAUGUAAAUCAGAUCCCAAAGGAUUUCAUUCGCAAAGAACUGGAACUGAAGGGGCGUGUCCGCGAAGUGCUCCCUUCCGGAGAAUUGCGUGUUGAACAUGAGCCCCUCAUGAAGAUUCCGUUUCUUCCAAAACGAAAGAACUCCAAUCCAGGUCUGCUGAAUCUCCGGCUGGCCGGAGUGGAGCUCUCCCAGUCGGGACAACAGUUCCUGGCAAAGGAUUUGAGGCUCACCAACAAGCCAGUCACUUUUACCGUAAUAAAGGUAAAUUUUGGUUGUUUCUCUAAAUGUUUUCAUGCGGAACUGUUUUCAGAAUGUCGACGGAGCUCCUGACGUCGUCGAUGCUGAUGUUACCGUCAAAAGAACGGCAUUCGGCCGUACCAAUCUGAAUACGGAAGUUGUUCGACGUGGAUACGCACGCGUGCCAGCUCCCGAUCAAACGAAGCAUCUGAAGGCGUUACAGUCGGUGCCUGCUUACUCCAGACUCAUUAGCCGCCUGCUAAUGAGUGAGAAAGUGAGUGAUUUUUCAGCACAAUAAAUAAUUGUCAAUUUAUUCACACUUCUAAGAUUGCCGAUCGUCGCGGAGUUGGUGUCUGGGAGCGUGACACAUGGGUUGAAUCUGUGCAGUCUUACCCAUCGCAAGUCUCUGGAAUUAUCCGUUCGGCCGCCAUCACCAAGGCUGUGGUAUGUUUUUUCUUUGUAACGUUAUUUUCUAUCCUAAUUUCUCUAAUUUACUUAUUCUGUUACAGGUUCUUCUAUACACGGUGACGAAAGACGUCAUUCUGUACGGUGUGAAGCUGACCCAGGAGACGUACUACAUUAUUCUGGCGGUUGUUGCACAUCUACAGAACGGCUACCGACGAUUUGCGACAGGAGUAGACCGUCUGACGGACAAGUACAACAAAGUGCGUCAAAGGAUUGGCAAGUGA